CGAGGCUCCCAAAGGAAUGAGGAAUACCCAUGAAAAUAUGUGAUGCAUUGAUUCAGCUUUUGUUUGGGAGCAAACUAGUGCUUAUGCAUUGACAUCCGACAAUUGGUUUUCGACGCGGUCCCCGAGUUGUCGCGUUGGAUUACACAAUCGACGAAGGAUCGCCUCACAUAACGUAAUAUCGCAAUGUCCCAACUCACUGAUCGGGACAAAUCCCAACUCCGAAAUGCAUUGCAAGAGGCCGUGAUCAAAUGUUCAGAGAGAUGUUUAUACCAAUCCUCUAAAUGGGCGGCUGAACUUCUCAACGCCAUCCCCGAAACCGAGACAUCGCUUGACGAUUCACAGCUUUCCGACGCUUCUAACGGAUAUGCGUCGACUGUACUCGCCCAGAAUGUCGAUCCCAACGAGGCUGCGCUUGAAGCCAAGGAGAUAAACAAGUAUCUUCUAGCCAAGUCCCUUUUCGAUUGUCGAGAAUUCGAUCGAUGUGCCUCCAUCUUCCUACCCGAUUCUACGCUUGCUGGGAUGGUAUCGUCGAAGGAGUCUAGCAAUGCGACACCGAAAGGCAAGGGUAAAGGCAAAGUUACCACCCCUAGCAGUGCUAGAGUUAGUAAUACCCAUACGUUGCCAGAGUUGAGCCAGCGAAGCUUGUUCCUUGCUUUAUAUGCCAAAUACCUCUCAGGAGAGAAGCGUAAAGAUGAAGAUGCCGAGAUGGUGAUGGGUCCGCAGGAUAUUGGUACAUGCGUCAACAAACAGCUGCUUAUAAUUAGCCGUGUUCUGGAAAUAUGGUUCCACCAACGCAAAACGGACGAUGAAGAAAUUGAGGGUAGCCAGGGGUGGCUUGAAUAUCUUUACGGCAUGGUUCUUGCAAAACAAAAGAACGAUGAAGUAGCCUUGUAUUGGCUAAUCCGCAGCGUACACUUAUGCCCAAUGAAUUGGGGUGCUUGGCUUGAGAUGACCGCACUCAUAUCUAGGGUGGAGGAUCUGAAUCGACUUAUGCCUCGGUUACCGCAGAAUAUCAUCUGCUUCAUGUUCCACAUUCACACCUCACUUGAGCUAUACCAACACGACGCAAACCUUGCUAACUCCCUCGACCAACUACUCAACAUAUUUCCAAAGUCAUCUUUUCUCCUUACAUGCGACGCAUUACUUUCCUAUCAUGCCAAGGAUCUCGUGGCCGCCGAGCAACAUUUUAGUCGCAUCCUCUCACUAUAUCCGCAUAGGUUGGAUUCAUUGGACCACUAUUCUAAUAUUUUAUAUGUCAUGAAUGCACGACCGAAGCUUGCUUUCCUAGCCCAUCUAUGCAGUAGUGUCGAUAAAUUUCGACCAGAAUCUUGUGUAGUAAUUGGUAAUUACUACUCAUUACUAUCCUUACACGAGAAGGCAGUGCAAUACUUCCGACGAGCUUUGAUGCUAGAUCGAUCAUGUCUUUCCGCUUGGACGUUGAUGGGACAUGAGUAUGUCGAGCUUAAAAACACGCACGCCGCUAUCGAAUCAUACCGACGAGCUGUGGAUGUGAAUAGAAGGGAUUACCGAGCGUGGUAUGGGUUAGGACAAACGUAUGAGGUCUUGGAGAUGCAUGCGUAUGCUUUAUGGUACUACAAAAAGGCAGCCGGACUUCGACCAUGGGAUGGGAAAAUGUGGAUGGCGGUUGGUUCGUGCUUACAACGCAUGAAUAGAAAUCAAGAUGGAAUCAAGGCUCUUAAACGGGCAUUGAUCGCUGAGAGUUACUACGACACAGGGAGCAGUUUCGGCAGCGGUGGGGGAGGUAAUAUUCGAGACGCUCAUAUGGAUCCGGAGAUCCUGCUACAAAUUGCUACUAUGUACGACAGUAUUGGGAAUGAAGAAGACGCAAAGGCAUAUAUGGAAAUGUGCGUCGCUCAGGAAGAUGGUGGGGCAGGCGACAGUCAAGGAGACAGUAUCGCUAUUCACAACGACUCGCCAGGCGAAGGGUCAGAUGACGAUGGCGACAAUACAGGGCGUGGAGAAGGAGGCACUGGCGUCACGGCUGCCACUAGUAAAGCGCGAAUGUGGCUCGCCCGCUUUGCUAUGAGAACCGAGGACUACACUACGGCGGAUCGCCUCGCUAACGAGUUAUGCCAGGACGGCGUCGAAGUCGAAGAAGCAAAGGCACUUAUACGAGAAGUUAGAUCGAGGUUGGAGGCUAACGGGAUGUGAGGGCCGUCUGCCGUAUAAACCCCCAUUAUAAUGUGCGCAUGAAUCACGAAUAUUAAAUGACACCAAUCAACCUACAGAUCGUUGAUGUUGAUGAGGGGAUUACGAUAUUCUAUUAAAUAGAUGGAUAUAAAAGACAUGGGGUACUAAUAAUUGUGUACUAGCUAGUUGCGCUCUGUUUACGAGGCACCAUGGAGUUUAGCGAGCUAGCAGUGUCCCCAGAAGGAAAUACGAAAUAGUAAUUUCGGGAUGGGCAUUAGUCACAACCACGAGGACCUCGUCCGCUUCUCACGAGUGGCUAUUUGAUUCAUGAGUUUCUCACGGCAACGUGACAUGUCGGCGCG